AUGCCGGCGCCAGGAUCGAACGAUGCUCCCUGCAGAAUCAAACCGGAUAGACCUUGCCCUCCAAGCAAAUACAGGACGCCUUCCGGUGCCUGCAAUAACGUACGACAUCCGGUUUGGGGUGCUCGUGGUGCACCCUUCUUGAAAUUAUUGCCAUCGGCGUACUCUGACGGUAUCGCCAGUCCCCGGCAAUCGGUCGGAAACCACGUGCUCCCAACCCCAACGAAAGCUGUAUCGACGCUGAUCAACCACCUGCGUCUCUCGCCGGAAGCCCACGAGGGUCUGACCAGCCUGUCCGGCGUAUGGUCGGAGCUGAUACUCCGCGACAUCUCGUCCACGGUUCACCCGUCGAGCAAACAGAACGUCUGUUGCGCCGGGAGAACGAAGCACCCGGAAUGUUACGAGAUCCGGGACGAGCAGACUGGUACAUGCAUAGAGUACCUGCGCUCGGUGCCAAGUCUGACCGUGCACAGGUGUAACUUCGACACCAGGGAACAGAUGAACGGAGCGUCGUCAUACUUGGACGGUUCGCACAUUUACGGAUCGACGGACGAACAGCUGCAUCGAGUGAGAACGUACAGCCAGGGAAAAGUGGACGUAUCCGGGUGCGAGGCGUGCAACAACACCGAGGACAAGGCUCUGGGGAUGAUGUACUCCGUUUUGUUGAACGAGCAUAAUCGGUUAGCGGGCGAACUGGCCAGAGCCAACGAACACUGGGACGACACGAAGUUGUUCCUGGAAGCUCGUCGGCUGGUCGUCGCGCAGAUCCAGCACGUCACGCUGAACGAAUACGUGCCAAGCAUUCUCGGCGAGGGCGCUCGAACUGAUCGGGAACUGAUGCCUGUUGCCGCUGGCUUCUACAACGGGUACUCGUCCUCGAACGUCGGUGGCACGUACGAUGCGGUCGCGCUCGCGGCACUCAGCGCUCUGACGUCGCUGCGUAAACACACUGUCGACGAGGCCACGUGCUUGGAGGACCACGUGACCGCGUCAGCCAAUCGCGUGAGCCUCGACACGAGCCAGUCCGCUUUCGAGCCGCGCGUCGACGUGAACGCGCGCCUCGUACACGUGGGCCGCGAUCACGGCAUUCCUGGGUACGUCAGGUUCGUCGAGGACUGUUCCGGACACAAUUUUACGAUCCAGAAUUUCGAGGAUUUGGAACAUUUUAUGCAUCCCAGACACGUGAGCCUCUUGGAGUCUGUAUACUCGCAGGUGGAGGACAUCGAUCUGCUUCUCGGUGGGAUAUCAGAAACACCGAGAAACGGGGCAACGGUGGGUCCAACGUUCGAAUGCCUUCUCAAGAGGCAAUUCGUCAAGAUGAGAAACUCGGAUCGAUUCUGGUACGAGAACGACAUUCCACCGUCCGGAAUGACCUCGGCUCAACUGGCCGAAAUUAGGAAAGUCACCCUGGCUGGUAUUCUCUGCGCCAACACGAAGAUCAAGAAGAUUCAGCCGAACCUGUUUAUCCAGCAGGAUCCGUAUCUGAACGCUAGAAUCAACUGCGACCAGCACAGCGUUCUCGAUAUCGCUCCGUGGAGGGAGGAGCCUCUGCCAGAUGAGCCUGCCAAGGAAGUGGCGACCGGCAGCAAGUCCGGCGUGAUCCCGGAAUUCGUGCCAGAGCUCAGUCCAAGCUUGAUAGCGGCAGCCGUGAAGAAAGCUGAAGCAGACCUGAUCGAGAGGAAGCAACUGGAGUACAAUUCGUGGCUGCAGCAGAGGAUAGCUGAUCCUAAGUCGCCGGCUGGAACGGCUGCCAGUUUCUCCAAAGCCAACAGGGACGCACUCUUGUUGGCCAACUCCUCGAUCAUGUACGAGUUGGCUACCAACGAGAUUCUGAAUGGCAUUCACGGCCUGAGACGCAGGAAACGUCAGAUCUUCGACACAACGGACAACGUCCUCGGCUUUCCCAACAACGACUUCUCCGACUUGCUGCAGAACGUGGAUAUAUCCGGGUUCCUGUCUCAGAAGAAGCCUACCAAUCACGACGAGGUCGAGUGUCCCGUAGACGACAGCCCUUGCGAUCCAACUAGUCCGUACAGGACGUUGUCGGGGCAUUGUAACAAUCUACGCAACCCGAAUCUUGGGAAAUCGCUGACAACGUUCGCGAGAUUACUCCCUCCGGUGUACGAGGAUGGAGUUUCGAAGCCCAGGAGCACGUCUGUCACUGGAAUACCUCUGCCAAAUCCCAGAGUCAUCUCCACAGUGAUCCACCCUGAUAUCUCGAAUCUUCACAAUCGAUACACCUUGAUGGUCAUGCAGUUUGCUCAAUUCUUGGACCACGAUCUGACGAUGACGCCGAUCCACAAGGGUUUCGCUGAAUCCAUACCUAGCUGCCGUCCGUGUGACUCUCCUCGCACGGUUCAUCCCGAGUGCAACCCGUUUCCAGUGCCACCUGGUGAUCACUAUUAUCCUACGGUGAAUGUGACUUCCGGCGCGCGGAUGUGCUUCCCAUCCAUGAGAUCUUUGCCGGGUCAACAGCACCUGGGGCCUCGAGAACAGAUCAACCAGAACACCGGUUUCCUGGACGGGUCCGUCAUCUACGGUGAAAACACUUGCAUUUGUAAUAUCCUGAGAGGGUUCAACGGUCGUAUGAACAUCACUCAGAAUCCACACAGAGGUGGCAAGGACCUCCUACCGCAAUCACCCACGCAUCCAGAGUGCAAAGCGAAAUCCGGUUACUGUUUCAUCGGUGGCGAUGGCAGGGCCUCAGAGCAGCCAGCGUUGACCGUCAUGCACACGAUGUGGAUACGGGAGCACAACAGAAUCGUGGAGUCGCUGCGGCAACUGAAUCCACACUGGGACGGCGAGAAACUGUUUCAGCAAUCUCGUCGUAUAAUCAGCGGCAUGUUGCAGCACAUCACGUACAACGAGUUUCUGCCGCGGAUUCUCGGUUGGAACGCGGUCACCCUCUACGGGUUGAAACUUCUACCUCAGGGUUACUACAAGGAGUACUCGCCUACAUGCAACCCGAGCGUGCUCACGGAAUUUGCAACCGCUGCUUACAGAAUCGGGCACUCGUUGCUGAGGCCGCACUUGCCGAGAAUGGACCGUAAUUAUCAGAGCAUGGAGCCCUCUAUCUUGCUGAGGGACGGGUUCUUUGAUCCCGACAUGCUCUAUCAGAAGUCGAUGAUGGAUGAAAUGAUGCGAGGCUUGAUGGCCACACCUAUGGAGACCUUGGAUCAAUUUAUAACCGGGGAGGUUACCAAUCAUCUGUUCGAGAUCCGCGGUAUUCCGUACUCGGGGGUGGAUCUCAUUGCGCUCAACAUUCAUCGCGCCAGGGACCACGGUAUACCGUCGUACAAUAAUUACAGAGCUCUGUGCAAUCUGAAGAGAGCUACCACUUUCGAAGAUUUGUCGAGGGAAAUGGCACCGGAAGUUAUAGCUCGGAUGAAACGCAUUUACGCGUCGGUGGACGACAUCGACUUGUUCCCCGGUGGUAUGAGCGAGAGACCUCUACAAGGUGGGCUGGUCGGGCCUACGUUCGCUUGCAUAAUCGCGAUACAGUUCAGGCAGUCGAGGAAGUGCGAUCGAUUCUGGUACGAGACCGACGACCCCAACAUCCGUUUCACCGAGCAUCAGCUCGCGGAGAUUCGUAAAUCCACGCUGUCCAAAGUCAUGUGCGAGAACAUGGACGAGCACAACGAGAUGCAGCGAGCGGCGUUCGACUUGCCGAGCAACUUCCUCAAUCCGCGAGUUCCCUGCAGCUCAAUGCCACAGAUGGACCUGUCCGCUUGGAGAGAAACGAGACACGGCUGUCAAAUCGGAGGGAGGAACGUCGCUCUCGGAGAGUCUGGUUUCCCUACACCCUGCACUAGUUGCAUCUGCACAGCUGAAGGAACUCAAUGCGCUUCUUUGAGGAUUACCGAUUGUAAUCAGCUUCUACGCGAAGCUUCUCGAGAGGCGAUUUUACGUGACGACGUGUGCACGGCUCAGUGCGGCUUCGUCCUAGCGGCGACAGAACCGACCUCGAGGCUUCAGCAGUUCACCACGCCGAACAGUUUUCCCGGUUUCGUGCCACACAGAAACAGCUUGAGAAGCGUGCAGACGCCAGUUUCGUUCAACGGUUUCAAGUUACCCGAUCUCUCGCAAUUUAUUGGCUGAGAAAGAGAGGAGAAAGAAAGAGAGAGAGAGAGAGAGAGAGAGGAAACGUUCAGAAAGCAAAGACUUCUCGUGUAAACUUAUCGCUUAUUAAUUGUCACACGCAAGAGACUCACUGCCUUCCUUCAAGAGACUGCACAACGUAACGAGCUGCGCUCAUCGUUGACGAUCGAACAAUUCUCUCUGUACAGAAAUCGCGAAACAAGAAUCACCGAUGAACGCGCGUCACUGCCAGCUCAUACACGUUUCGAUGCUAAUCAUCCGCGAAGAGUGUUCCAGAAUUAAAAAAUUCACACGUGUAUUACGCAUUCGACUAUAUAUUAUGUAUUGUUUUAAAACACGGCACUGUCUUCUCACUUCUCGUAAGAGAUAUUUCUCAUGUUUCCUUUCUUUCUUUUUUUUUUUUUUUUACUUGUUAUGUUAUUAUUAUAUUUUGUAGAUUGUAAGGUGUAUUUAAUUUACGCGAGAAGGCGAAUACUCGGUAACAAAAAUGUAAAGGGGUCAGUACACGACGUGCUCUUACGUAAUAAAGCUGUCAUUGGCAGUUCGAAGGAAAAAUUGUACAGUGAUCUCGCAAUACGUAAUUCUCGCAGUGUGAAGAGGACUUCAAUAAAUUGUCACGCUACUUGACGAGAUAGUUAGACAAAAGGAAUACACAAGUGAAUAUUUUGAUAGAUGGAUGAGUGAUAUAUGUGUAUCAUGGGCUGGCAUUUGAGCCAGUCGAGGCCGUUUUUGUACUUGUAUAGUAAUUAUAACGCGAAAAUAACAAAUGCGAACGAAAAAUUUAAUUCUGAGUUGUCUUUUUUUUUUUUUUUGUCAUUACACCUCUAUCUAAUUUUGUAGUAUAAUAGUGACAUGUAUAACGUUAAUAAAUGUUAAUGUUUCCUUUUUUUU